UAUUGCUACGAUCCACCCACAAGAGUUUGCUUGCGGCGCAUCGCCAUGGUGAAAAAGAAAAAACUGAAUGGAGGAGAGAACGGGGACGAUUACAAGCGUGUCGACACUACAACAUCUCCGGUGAAUGCCGACAACUUUGGCCUCGCAACUUUGCUGUCGCCUGUGACCGUGGACAAGUUCCAUGAGGGCUUUUUUGAACGGCACGCCUUGCAUGUGGCACGGCCCAGUUGUCCUGGGUACUAUGCGCCACUGGAAGAUUUGUCGUCACCACAGAGGUUGUUCAAGCUGAUGGAAGAUGGCACCGUUCCGCUCUACCGGAUCAACAUGUUCCGGUGUACAGACGGCAAGACAAAGGAAACUCCUCCGACACCAACCAGAGUUGACGAAGUGGUUCGGCUGUUCAAUGAAGGUUGGAGCAUCCAAUGGCUGCAGCCGCAGCAUGAGCACGACGCCUUGAGUACAUUGGUUGCAACUUUGGAGUCUCAGUUUGGCUGCUUGGUCGGGGUCAAUGCUUACUUGACACCUGCAGGUGCACAAGGUUUGGCACCACAUUGGGAUGAUGUGGAUGUGUUUGUGUUGCAGCUUGGAGGUUCAAAGGCCUGGUCAUUGCAUCGCUGCUGCACUGACUCGCCGCUGGAACCGGAGCAGCAGACCUUGCCCCGCUAUAGCAGCGGCGAUCUUGCUCCGGAGUCUUUGUCCGACGCCUUCAUGCGGCCAAAGCUGUUACCUGGAGACCUGCUCUAUUUCCCGCGGGGUAUCAUUCACCACGCUCCCAACAAGGAUGUUUCUUCACCAUCCGUUCACUUGACUAUAUCCACCUUUCAGCGGCAAACGGUCUACGAUUUGGUGCAGAAGACCUUUGAGGAGGCCAUGUCAGAGUUGUGGGAGGAGGAUGAGGAGCUUCGAAAGGCACUACCUUGGAAGGCCCUGACACUGGCACCACCCAACAAGCUGCUCAGUUCUGCGGUGGCGCAGCAGCUUCGCCGUCUCGCCGAUGCAGUCGAAGCGGAGUCAUCGGAAGAUACUCCUGGAGCUGUGGCGGCAGCUCUAGGAGAAUUGGGUGCAGAGUUUGUGCGGCAUCGCAUGCCACCGCGCCAAAAGGAAGAGGUCGAGGUUUCCCUCGUUGGCCUGCGAAGCACGGUGCGACUCGACAUCUCUGCCAUUGCACUUCUGCCAGUGCCGGGCGACAUCGACGAUGCCGCGGCGAGAUUGAUUCAUUGUGCCAGCAACAUGCGAAAGAAUCACAUGAUGAACCACCCUGCUGGUGCAGAUGCAGGUCAUUGCUUCCCAGGCAAUGCUGAAGAGGCAGAGCCGGAGGAAGCGGAGGAAGAGGACUUGGAAGGUGACGAGGUCCUGGAUCCCGCCGAUCCGGGUCAAGUUCUUAGUGGCCCUGUGGUAGUGGCGCUGAGGCACAUUUGCAGCUCCGAGCCAAAGACGUUGCAGGAGUUGCUACAGGAGGCGAAAGUGCCACCUGAGCGCUGGCAGGAGGUGUGCCAGCUGCUUACACAGCUCACAGCUUUGGGCUUGGCCUCAGUGGAGGACCCACCUAGUUUGCCAAAGGCCUCAUCAAAACUAGCAUCGGCAUCGAAGCGUCGCAGGAUCAAAAAGUGACAAAGAGCCCUGCGAAAUGGAAAGCACAA